UUCUAAACCACCCCCCCCGCCCUCCUCGUGGCUCCGAAGCUCGAAACCCUAGAAAAAGGGGUAGCUCCCAUGGCGGAGGAGGCGGCGGCGGCGGCGAAGUCGAGCUCUCCCGCCGCGUGGCCGGUGGCGAAGGCGGAGGCCGCGCCGGCCCCGACAUCCGAUUCCGCUCCCAAGGUGAAGGGAGAAGCUGCGGCGGCGGCGGCGGCGGCGGCGGCGGGGGUGGGGAUGGGAGAUGGGAGGACGUUCUCGCAGCUACUCGCGGGGGCGAUGGCGUCGCCGAAGGCGGGGAGCGGGCCCCACGCGGCGGCGCCGCCGCCGAUCCUCACCGUGCCGGUGAUGGCGGUGCCGUGCUUCUUGGCCCCCGCAGCGCUGAUCGAGUCAUCGGGGUUUAAGGGCCAAUUUGCAAUGACCCAUCAAGCAGCCUUGGCGAGUGUUACAGCUCAGGCUCAGCUGCAGUUGCAGGCUUUGAACUCCCAACCAAGUUCAUUACCACAUCCUAUUCUGCCUACUGUGAGCCCUGCCCAGCUGCAACAAAGGUCACCGUCAAUAACUGACGAAAAUAGUUCCACACCGAAGUCAGAGAAACCACCCUUGUCUGAGCAGAAACCACAAUCUACUCCUGCUCUUGUGAGCAACACAACUACUGAUGGCUUCAAUUGGAGGAAAUAUGGUCAGAAGCAAGUGAAGAGCAGUGAGAAUUCCCGAAGCUAUUAUAGAUGCACGACUACUAGUUGUUCUGCUAAAAAGAAGAUUGAGCGGUGCCCGGACGGUCGUGUUGUUGAGAUAGUAUAUAGAGGAGGACACAACCACGAAGCGCCUCAAAAAACCAGAUACCCAAAAGAGAGAGGGCCUCCAUCUAGCGGGCCUUCUGGAGACAAUGAGACUUUGCAAGUUCCAAACAAAGAAGCUAAUGAGUCAGAGACUACAACUUGCAAGACUGAACAGAAUGUUGGGAGUGAAACUCCCGAGCAACAAUUAUACUGCUCGAGUGAUUGUGAAGGGGAUCCUGGGAGUAAGAAUGAAGAAGAUCUGAGUGAAGAACCAGAGCCAAAACGAAGGAUGACUGAAAGCGUUGCAACUAACCCAGCACCAGCUCUAAAAGCAGUGAGGGAGCCAAAAGUUAUUGUGCAGACUGCAUAUGAUGUUGGACAUGUAACUGAUGGCUACAGGUGGCGUAAGUACGGGCAGAAGAUUGUGAAGGGAAAUCCAAAUCCAAGGAGCUACUAUCGGUGCACACAUGACGGCUGUCCUGUUCGUAAGCACGUUGAGAGAGCAUCAGAUGAUGCGAAAUCCAUUGUCAUAACUUACGAAGGUAAACACAACCACGAACAACCAGCUUUUAGCUGCAACGAUUCUAAAGGAAGUCCACGUCCCUCCAUUACUGCAAAAGGCGAACAACCUAACGCACCAAACGCCGCAUCGGAUUGUGAACCUCCAAAGGACUCUCUGCCACAUGUAGAUGCAGAAUCAAAUGGCAACAAGGCUAUAGAACUCGGAGGCGAGAAGGCGCUGGAAUCUGCUCAGACUCUUCUAAGCAUUCGAACUAACCCUGACGGCAUAAAGAAACCUCAUUUCGGUGAAAAUUCCCCGCCAGUUGCGGUCCAGAAUACUUGAAGAUUAAACAGAAUUUUAACAGUAGUGUCGUAUUUAUUUACGUACUAUUAUUGGCAGGUUAAUGUUGUUGUAUUAGCUCUUCUGUAUAGUCCUAGUGGAAUCUUGGGAUCAAGACAGCAAACAUGGAUUAGAGCAUCAUAAUCAUCGGUCAUAAUUUAGCAGAGAGAACUGAGAUUUGAGUUGUGGAGCUUGGUGGUUGUUUAAAUGCUGUGUAUAGAUUUCUCUGUACUAUACAUUGUAUGAUUUCUACAUUAUCACUGAGGCUAACAAAAAGGACCAAUGUAUUGUGAAGUUUGUAA